UUGUGUUUACAUUUGAGUUGUUAAAAUAGUGAAAUAAAUAACGCGAAACCGACAAAUCGGUAAAUACUGAAAAAAAAGAAUACAAGUUUUACAGAAUUGUUUUUCUUAAUAACCUUUGAGCAGUUAAAAUAAUCUCUGUCCAUAUCGACUAUUUUCAAACAAAUUUUGUCACUUGAGCCGUAAACUAAAUAAUUACCCAUCGUAUGAACACCCAUUCAAUGAAAUCGUUAAGCUAUCAAGAGCGACAUGAUUACAUUUUCCAAAAUUUUAUUCUCUGUGGUAAAUCGUCUGGAAGGGAUAAGCACUAUCAUGACAUCGAUAUUAUAAAAGAAAAACAUCGAUUCUUAUGGGACGAAAAUGAUAAAACGGAAGAAGAUUCAUGGGAAGUACGCUUGGCUAAACGUUACUAUGACAAAUUAUUUAAGGAAUAUUGCAUAGCAGACUUAACUCGUCACAAAGAUAACAAGGUUGCUCUGCGCUGGCGUACUAAGGACGAAGUCGUAACAGGAAAAGGUCAAUUUCAGUGUGGAAGUAGUAAAUGUGAACAAAGAGAUAACUUGCGCAGCUGGGAGGUGAAUUUUUCCUAUCGAGAACAAGGAGAGCGCAAAAAUGCGUUGGUCAAACUUCGUUUAUGUCCUACUCAUUCAGAGCAAUUAAACUACACUUCUCGAAAACGAGAAAUUAAGCGCUUAAAAAAGUCUGUUAAUCGAAAACUCGAAAAUAAAAUAAAUGAGAAGCAUCCACAUGUGACUGAAGAUGUAGUAGUAGACGCGGUACCAGAAUCUGCUCCAAAUGAAACUCAAGAAAACCAGGAUAAUAUAUGGGAACGGAAACCUGACGCAGAAAUAGAACAAACUUCCCGUGAAACUGACUUUGAACGUUAUUUAGAAGACCUUCUGUUAUAAUUUAGCAUUUAUAUAGUUCUUGUUCAUAUGAACUGCUUUGUUUGUAUUCACGUUUGAGUAGGAAUAAAAAUAGCGCAAAAAGUAAACAUUUAUUAAGUGCAGGAAUGCAAAGAAAUCAUGUUAGAUCGAAUUUAAUACAUAAUACACGUAUAAUACAGAUACAAUGUUUCUUUUCAAGAAAAUAGCCUAUUUUAUUGCCGACAAUUAAAGCAGCAUUCAUACCAACUGAACUAUGGAUAAUUCGGCGAUAAGUAUUUUGCCAAGUUAUGUUUAGAAUUACAUAUUACAAUAAAAAGUUUAUAUUGUUCAUGUGCCCUGAUACACAGAUAUUAUAUGAAUACUCCCAAUAUAAUAAACACAA